AUGAAGACUUUCAGUGUUGCGGUUGCAGUAGCUGUCAUGCUUGCAUUUAUUUUUAUCCAGGAGAGCUCUGCUGUCCCAGUCAUGGAGGAGCAAGAGUUGGAGGAUCCAGUGAGCUUUGACAAUCCACCAGCAGCACAUGAAGUGGAAUUAGUGGAAUCAUGGAAGAUGCUGUUGAACAGCAGACAGAAGCGAGAUCUCAAGUGUACACCUUACUGCUAUCCCACAAAAGAUGGAGUUUUCUGUGGAGUAACCUGCAGAUUCUAA